AUGCUUGAUUUAUCCCCAUUCAUUUAUGACAACGUUAGAAUGGAUAUGAUAAAGUCCACACAGGGCCAGAUACACAAUCUGGUAAAAGAUUUAUGCGUUUGGUGGGACCAAAUUACCGAAGAAGAAAAACUGAGAAUGGCAGGCUGUGUUUCUCUGGGAAUUGUUGGUUUGACAUUUGUAGCCUACUCACUGAAUAAGUCUAUUACUGAUAAAAAGAAGCAUGAUAAGAAAAAGAAGAGAACUGGAAGCAAGAGCAAACCUGAAAUCAAGUUGACCCCUUACGAGUUUAGUGAAAAACAGCUCAGUGAUAUCAUGGCCAAAGUUUCGUCUGAGAUAUUACCUCGCCUUCAGGAUUUCCUUGACGAAAUAAAGCUGCUAAAAAACUCGGCAAGUUACAAUGAAGUAGAUAAGCCAGCUAAGAGAGGGAAGAAAAAACAUAAGCCGCCCAAGAAUGUUGCAGGCCAAGAGUUAGAACAACUGGAAUAUAAGAGACGCUAUUUUAAUGAGAUACUCUUAAAGGAACUCAUGGACCUAGAUGGGGUAGAUACUCUAGGGGAUGUAACACUCAGGGACAGAAGGAGAGAGUGUGUCAGAAAAAUUCAAGGAUACCAUAAAGAAUUGGAUGGUGUGAAAGCUGUUCUCGGAGACCUUUAA